UCUCCUCAAAAUAUAUAACUCGUUUCCUUAUUUGUUCGCUCUUCGUCCUUGUUUCUUUCUUACCAAACCACAGAAAGCAGAAAACAAAAAACAAAAAAGCGAAUCGCGAAACAUAUUCGUCUUCUCCAUUAAAGAUCUCCAAUUUGUAUGGAUUUGAGUGGUUCUGAUUCUAACGUUUCAUUAGGGAUUGGUUGUUCGCACGCAUCAUCAUCAUCAAUGGCUCCGACUCCGAGAAUCCCGAUUGCUGACGAUUCGAUUAAUCUACAAGUGGAUCCCAGUUUCCGAUCAUCGCCGGUCACUUUCCCGCCGAUUCCGUUGCAGUUACUGGAACAGAAAGUCGCCGCCGUGGAGGAGCCAAAGAAAGACGGAGAUGAAAAGGAGGAUGAGCACUUCAGGAUCUUAGGUCACCAUAUGUGUCUGAAAAGGCAACGAGACUGUCCGCUUCUUCUAGCUCAAUCAAAACAUCCGAGGAGAACGAUCGCCGGCGACACGGAUCUUGAAUCGAGACGUGCUGCUGUGCGUGCCUGGGGAGAUCAGCCUCUUCAUUUGGCGGACCCAGACAUCCACGAGAUGAUGGAGAAGGAGAAGCAAAGGCAAGUCAAAGGAAUCGAGCUGAUUGCUUCCGAGAACUUCGUGUGUCGAGCUGUCAUGGAAGCGUUGGGAAGUCACUUGACCAACAAAUACUCUGAAGGCAUGCCUGGAGCCAGAUACUACACCGGGAAUCAAUACAUCGACCAGAUUGAGAAUCUCUGCAUCGCUAGAGCUCUUGCUGCCUUUGGUCUUGAACCCGACAAAUGGGGUGUUAAUGUUCAGCCCUAUUCUUGUACCUCUGCCAAUUUCGCAGUCUACACCGCUCUUUUACUUCCCGGCGAGCGGAUCAUGGGGCUUGAUUCUCCUUCCGGUGGCCACAUGAGUCAUGGCUAUUGUACUCCAGCUGGCAAGAAGAUCUCCGCUACAUCAAUCUUCUUUGAGAGCUUUCCUUAUAAAGUCAAUCCCCAGACUGGGUAUAUUGAUUACGAUAAGCUUGAGGAUAAGGCUCUUGAUUACCGCCCCAAGAUUCUUAUUUGUGGAGGCAGCUCCUACCCUAGGGACUGGGAUUUUUCAAGGGUUAGACAAAUUGCUGACAAGUGUGGAGCUGUUUUGAUGUGUGAUAUGGCUCAUAUUAGCGGUCUUGUGGCCACUAAGGAAUGUUCUAAUCCAUUUGAUCACUGUGACAUCGUUACCUCCACUACCCACAAAGGUCUACGUGGUCCCAGAGGAGGUAUCAUCUUCUACAGGAGAGGACCAAAGAUAAGAAAGCAAGCCCAUCACGCCAGUCAUUGCGACAGUUCCACGCACUAUGAUUUAGAGGAGAAGAUCAACUUUGCUGUUUUUCCCUCGCUACAAGGAGGUCCUCACAACAACCAUAUCGCAGCUCUCGCCAUUGCCUUGAAACAAGUGGCUACUCCAGAGUACAAAGCUUACGUACAACAGAUGAAGAAAAAUGCUCAAGCUUUAGCAUCAGCUCUGCUUAGAAGAAAAUGCAGACUGGUUACAGGUGGCACAGACAACCAUUUGUUGCUCUGGGAUCUCACUCCUUUGGGCUUAACUGGGAAAGUCUACGAAAAGGUCUGUGAGAUGUGCCAUAUAACCUUGAACAAGACUGCUAUAUUUGGUGACAAUGGUACAAUAUCUCCUGGAGGUGUAAGGAUAGGGACACCGGCGAUGACAACUCGAGGCUGUGUAGAGUCUGAUUUCGAGACAAUAGCGGAUUUUCUGAUGAAAGCAGCUCAGAUAACGAGUGCGUUGCAGAGAGAACAUGGCAAGUCACACAAGGAGUUUGUGAAGAGUCUAUGCUCUAACAAAGACAUAUGUGAUCUUAGAAACCGAGUUGAAGCAUUUGCUUUGCAGUAUGAGAUGCCUGCUGCUUCUCAGAUUUGAAUUGAAAUGAAGAAAAAUUCUACCAAACUGCUUUGUUUGGUUUUCUCCGCGGGGCAUUUUUUGAGUUAUAUCCUGUAAAUUAGGGUAAUUAUAUAUAUAUAUGUGUGUCUUGUAAUUUGAUUGCACACUUUUUGAUCAAGCUU